UUCGCAUCCCAGUACUGAUCCGGGGGUUCGCGGACAGCGUUUAAACCUCGAAAAACACCGAUGGUUUCACUUCACAGUCAAAUGGAUUAUAUUUAAUUUACAUCACGUCGAGAAAAAGGACAUCGCUUUAUAAUUAGACAUUACAGCCCAAGGAUUGACACGGAGGUUGUUCAAGAGGUGCGGAGUGGCCCUGGACGGAGAUGAAGACCCUGGAGGAGCCCCCAUACUUGACUGUGGGCACAGAUGUAAGUGCCAAGUAUAGAGGGGCUUUCUGCGAAGCCAAGAUCAAGACAGCCAAAAGACUGGUCAAGGCCAAGGUGACCUUUAAACCAGAUUCAUCAACUGCUGAGGUGCACGAUGAACACAUCAGGGGACCUCUGAAGGUGGGAGCUGUGGUCGAAGUAAGAAACCAAGAUGGAAUCUACCAGGAAGCCACCAUCAACAAGUUAACAGAUGCGAGCUUGUACACUGUUGUGUUUGAUGAUGGGGAUGAAAAGACCCUCAGGCGUUCCUCCCUCUGCCUGAAAGGAGCACGUCACUUUGCAGAAAGCGAGACUCUUGACAGACUCCCCCUCACCAAUCCCGAACAUUUUGGUACGCCGGUCAUCGGGAAAAAGGGCAACCGCGGUCGACGGUCCAAUCCCAUUCAAGAAGAAGAGUCAUCUUCGUCCUCUAGUGAGGAAGAGGAGAGUGACCAGCAACAGAAUGAGGAGCUGUUCGGCAAAGUGGUUUGUGUGGAAGGCGUUGUCACGGGCGACAAAAAGAAGACUACAUGGUAUCCAGCCCUGGUCAUCUCACCGGAUUGUCAUGAGGACGUGACUAUGAAGAAAGACAAUGUCUUUGUCCGAUCCUUCAAAGAUGGAAAAUUUUACACGGUUUUGCGGAAAGAUAUUCGGGAACUGGAUGGGGAGACGGCUCCUAAAGCAGACGCGGGACUCAAGCCAGCUCUCGAUGCAGCGUGGGAUUUCCAGCGUAACGGAGCAGUGCCCAGCACAUGGAGGACAGAAGUGAAAGACGAGAGCUCCAGUAGCGAGGAAGACGAUGAGGAGGAAGAAGAAGAACAGGAGGAAGAUGGGAGCAGUGAGGAGGAGGAGGAGGAAGUGGAACCCUUUCCAGAGGAGAGGGAGAACUUCCUUCAGCAGCUGUAUAAGUUCAUGGAGGACAGAGGAACUCCCAUUAACAAAAGGCCAGUGCUAGGCUACAGAAACCUCAACCUCUUCAAGCUUUACCGACUGGUACACAAGCUUGGAGGGUUUGACAAUAUUGAAAGUGGAUCCGUCUGGAAACAGGUCUACCAGGAUCUUGGUAUCCCCGUGCUGAACUCUGCUGCAGGCUACAAUGUCAAAUGUGCCUACAGAAAAUAUCUGUACGGCUUUGAGGAGUACUGCACUUCUACAGGGAUAACCUUUCGCAUGGACCUUCCUCUGAAAGCAGCUGAGAAGCAAGGUCCUAAAAUGGAGGGCAAGACAGAGGGGACAGCAGGAGGUAACAGCAACUCUGUCACCCCAAGCUCAGUGAGCACGGGAGAGGAGCAAAAAGUCCAGAAAGAAGGCGAGACCAGCAGGACCCAGUCUGACGUUAAGGAGGACAAGCCAGAAGCAGCUGGACCAGGCAGGACUAAAGUGGACACUGACAACCUGAAAGAGGAGGAAAAUGACCGUGGUGACGAGGAAGAGGACGGUGCUGAUGAAGACGCCCAUAAACACGAGGCAGAAGAACCUGGCCUGACAUCAGCGUGUCCACAUGCAGACAACUUGAAGGCAGAACCGUGUGAGGAGCAGGAGAACAAAGAGAUAUCGGGGGAUGACAGCAGUCAGGAGGGGGAGGAGGGGGAAGAGUUUGAGUGUUACCCCGCUGGGAUGAAGGUGCAGGUGAGAUAUGGGCGAGGCCGCAAUCAGAAGACGUACGAAGCCACUGUGAAAGAGGCAGACCUGGAAGGGGGAGAGGUUCUCUACCUGGUGCACUACUGUGGCUGGAACGUCAGGUAUGAUGAGUGGAUCAAAGCAGACAAGAUUAUUCGACCAGCCAAUAAGAAUGUGCCUAAAAUAAAACAUCGCAAAAAAAUAAAGAACAAAGCGGAGCGAGAGAGAGACCGAAUAGAUAGACUAAGCGACAGAGAGGAGCUGACUCCAUCGAAAAACAACCGCGUGAAUCGCUCCUCCAAACCCAACGGUGGCAACGACGUUUUCUCCAAGAUGGAGGACAGUGAUGAAAAAGGAAACCAGCAGACGCCAGUGAAGUCUAUUGAGAUUACCUCUAUUCUCAAUGGCCUUCAAGCAUCUGAGAGCUCUACAGAUGACAGUGAACGUGAGGAAGAUGAUGAGGGUGACCAUGACGAAGAGGAACGUCCAGGGGGUCGAACAAGCCUCAGGAAAGGGGCUCCCCAAGAAGCUCCUCACAUGGCAGAACACUGGGAGGGCUCGGUGCCUUCAGACGGGUUCAAAACCUCAACACCUACAGGCAACGCCCAAGACUCAAGCACACAGGACAGCCCCGAAACGGGCAAACGCAGAGGACAGUUUGAAGUGGAGGGAGGAGGUCCCGGCACCCGCAAGAGGAAAGCGGAGGGUCAGGGGGAGCGGACGCUGAAAAAUCAAUCCAAAAGCAAAACCAGGGGCGGCAGGGGUGCGGAUUGGCUGCCCAGCAGCUCGCCUAAGAAGCCAGACGAGCGGACGUCCGCCCCCGGAGAUGAGCGAGGGGAUCACUCCAGCAGCAGCUCUGACGAAGAGGGAGAUCCUCCUACGGAACCCCAGGCCAAAGAGGAGCCUCGGGGACAUCCCAAAAACAAAAGCUCGCCCUCGAAGAAGUACAACGGCCUGAAGGACAAGACCAAGGACGGGCGAUCCUCGGGGUUCUGGGAAAUCCCAGAGAAACGGGCCAAGAUAGCGCCGGGGAUGGAAGAGAGGACGCCCAGUUGCCGAACCAAGGGCCAGAAGGACGUGUGGUCCAGUAUUCAAGCACAGUGGCCCAAGAAGACCCUCAAAGAACUGUUUUCAGAUUCGGACACGGAGGCCGCCAACUCCCCUCCUCCGGCCGUGUCCGGACCUGAGGAGCAGCAGCCAGACGCAGAGCGGGAGGACGAAGUGGCUGAAGAACCACCAGAGAGUGAGAAGACCCAGGAGUACCCCAGCAGCGGCAGCAACUCCGUCCUUAACACGCCUCCCACCACACCCGAAUCACCGCCCGCCGGCAGCACCGUGGAAGGGUCGGGGGAGACCAGAGCAUCUAGCCCUCCCCCUCAGGGGCCCACUCUGGCUACCUGCUCCCCAGCUGUGGCCUCUCCUCCUGGACCACUAAUAGAGGAGAGUGGGGGUGGACGCAGCGAGUCUGAUAGCAGCACAGUGGAGGUGGAAAGCCUAGGCGGAGAGCUCCAGGAACUUCCUCAGGAAGAGCGGGCAGGAUCCCCCUCCAAAGCCUUUGAUGGAAGCCUGUCCUGCAACAGCAACAGCAACUGUAGUCUGACACUGAGCAGUAGCAGUCAACAGGAGAUUGAGCAGAAAACCAAAGCUGCAUCCAAUCAAAAGCGGCACAAAGAGUCCCAAGGGGGUGGAGCUUCAAAGAAACACAAGCGGAGCCACAAGAGCUUAAACUUGCAUCCUAAAAAGAGCCGAAAAACAGCCCACAGCAGCGACAGCGAAGACCAGUCAGUCAGUGAGAACACUGCCAAACCUCCCACACCCAAGACCAGCGCCGUCGACCUCAAAGCAGCCAUCUCACCCAAGUGUUCUGGGAGGGCGCCCCCUUCUGGCCAUAAAUACCACAAGCACGGGGACACUGAACACAGUCAUCAUGCCAGAACAGCGCGGGUCUACAAAUGGAGCUUUCAGAUGUCGGACCUGGAGAAGAUGAGUAGUCUGGAGAGGAUAGCGUUCCUUCAGGAGAAACUGCAGGACAUCCGGAAUCACUACCUCUCCCUGAAAUCCGAGGUCGCCUCCAUAGACAGAAGACGGAAACGAAUGAAGAAAAAGGAGAGAGAGACAGGUGCAACAGCGGCUUCAUCCUCCUCCUCUUCCUCGCCGUCCUCCAGUUCUCUGACAGCGGCCGUCAUGUUGACGUUGGCAGAGCCAACGGUGUCAGGGUCGACACAGAACUCUGGGGUGUCGGUGGAGUGUAGGUGACAACACGAAUGGAGACCCACAGCACUGAGCACUUAACCAGCACCUAGCCCCGCCCUUCCCUGCCCCACCAGGCCCCGCCCAUCAGGCUCUGAACUUUUAUAAGAGGACAGUCAGUCAGACUCUUAUAAACAGACACAAGAACCGGGGCACAAAAAAAAAAAAAAACAGACCGGAAACAAACAACAACAAGCACUAUUUUCUAUCGACAACUGUUUCCUUGGCAAGCUAAUUGCACUCAAGUGCACUUUUAUGAAAAAAGGAAGGUUGGGGG